UCGAAUCCCGAUCCGUCAUCAAUCCGUCACCAACCACCACCUUCCAAUUCUUUACCCUUUCCUAGGAACCAUCAAUCGUUCCCCCCUCUCUACGAUUCGAAAGGUCCACACUUUACACACCACCAUCACCCCGCACAACCCGCAACCAUGAAGGUCCUCAGCAAAGAAGAGGAGGCCGAGCACUACAGCGUCGUCGUCAAGGCCGGCCUCAUCGGCGGCACGGCCGGUCUGGCCGUCGGUCUCGGCGGCGUCCUCUUCGCAACCAAGCGCUACCCGUCCUUCCGCCAGCUCACCCUCCCCUUCCGCUCCUUCCUCGUCACCUCGUCCGCGACGUUCGGCGCCAUUGUCCACGCCGAUCGCGAGUCCAUCCGCUACGGCAAGGAAAAGGACCCCAUGUACGGAUACCAGGACGCCACGGCGCGCGCCAUUGCCGAGGCGAAAGCCAACGAGACGCAGAUGCAGAAGCUCAAGGAGUGGGGCCGCGAGAACAGAUACUCCAUCGUCUUUGCGUCGUGGCUCGCGUCCAUGGGUGUCGCGCUCGCCAUCGUCGGCAAGGACAAGUACCUCACCGGCGCGCAAAAGCUCGUCCAAGCGCGUGUGUACGCGCAGGCCCUCGCCGUCGUCAUGCUUGUUGUGACUGCCGCCUUUGAGAUGCAGGACGCCAAGACGGGCGCCGGCCGCUGGGAGACGGUCAUGAUUAUCGACCCCGAGGACCCGGAGCACAAGCACCUCAUUGAGAAGAAGAUUCACAAAGAGGAGUACGAGGGUCAGGACUUGUGGAAGGAUAUGGUUGCUGCCGAGGAGCGCCGCAUCGCUGCUCGCAAGGCUUCUGAGCAGAAAUGAACGUUUUUGACAACGUCACACGACCACCUAUCUAUCCACCUAUUCCAUGGAUCUCGCAAGAGUUCCCUGUACGAUCUAUUUCCUAUGUCUUUCGCGAAGCAAACUUCCCCCAAUGGAUAUCUAUCUCUCGGAGUAAGGGAGAUGGAGUCAGCUUGGCGGAUUAUUUACAUCUUGCAUUGCCGGCGUUAUUUUUAUAUAGGGAGAAAAGUGUCGAUGACCGGGCCAUGGCCUCGUCAAUCAACACCCAUUGACGAUUGUCCAAAUGUCACUAUGAGAGAGAGAGAGAGAGAGA